AUGUCUGUCUUCUCCGAGUGUGCCCAAUACAUAGUCUCCUUCGAGCAGUUUGACAAUAAAGGGAAUCCAGACAACAUUUUGGCCGCCGAAAAGCGACAAACAGUCGAGGGCCAGAAGAUAUAUAGCACGGCUGUCUUCAAGAGCCAGCUUGUGCGCCGGCUAAUUGAUGACAAGCAUAUCACUUAG